UGGGGAAAGGACAGAAUUUUUUGGUCAAAAAUGAUAGAGAUGUUUGAGUUGAAUUUGAAAUUAAAAUUUUUUAAUUUAAAGUUAUCUCCCAAGUGGGAAGGCUUAUCGUAAAUCUGAUUCAAAUCAAUGGUAUAAAGAAGAAUUUUUUCCAAAUAAGGCCAAGAUGUCUGUUCGACGAGAUUGUUCUUAUUCCACUUUAUACAACCAGCUUCGUCGUUUUAACUCAACAAAAGCUGUUGAGAUAGAAAUCCCAGUCGAAUCAUUUCCUGGUGACAGUGUAGAAUUUUUGUUUCGUGUAAAUAAUCCCCUUGUGAUUGAACACGUAUGUAUGGAAAAGGGAAUUUUUGGACAAAAGGAACUUGGUAAUUUAAAAAACUAACAGACUUAAACAAAAGCUAAAAUAUUUAAACUAUAUAAAAUUUUUUAAAAGUAAAUAUCUAUGUUUUUCUGAUGGCAACUUUGGACAUAUUUGAAUCCAAGUGAUAAGAAAUACUAGAGAACAAUGCCUUUUUAUGAUGAUGCAAUGAGAUGGCUACACCGCGCGAUUGAUCACUCAGUUUCGUUAUUUCCGACUUCCUCCGAUAAUUACACGAUAAUUUUGCUUCGUGUGUACAUUAGAGAUCGAGAUUUUUGAAAAGUUUGGACCUGUUCCUUGACUCUGGAGUUUGAUUUCUUUACUUGAUUGGAUCCUGGGCCUGUAGUCCAGGAAAACCCCAAACCCAGGAAAAACCCAGGAAAUUCAAAAAAUGCCUGGACCUGGACUUUGUGUACAGGAAAAACAGGCCUUGGCCCAGGCCCAGCUCGACCUCUAUUGUACAUUCCCGUUUUAUUUUAAAAUUUCUCUCUAUUUUUUACAUAUGUUUCUUUUCGUUUGUUUCGUAGUAUUGUUCUGCCCGACUUUCUCCCUCAAUACACGAUAAUUUUUAUUAGAUUUUCGUAGAUUUACUUGGAUUUUUGAUGAUUUCGUGUAGUGUUUUGCUUGAAAAUUCUACUUACUCUCCUUUUAUUGUUUCGUUAAAUAUAAUACAUAUAUUUUCGUUCGUUUUCGUUUAGUAUAUUGUUUUUAGAAUCUAAAUCUUUCUGUACUUGUACUUCGUACAAGGCUUAUUUCUUCUCAUACUCGUACUACUACUCGUAAAAUUGAAUUUUGUACCCCUCCUUUUUCCUUCCUAAAAGUAUUAAAAAAUGAUCAGUCAGUCUUAGUUUAUAUA